CCCGGGUCGCCAGAGCAGGCAGCUCCUCCGCUUCCGUCCACGCGUGUUUGGAGUGAAGGGCGGCCCCCGGUGCAGACGCGGCUCCGGAAGCUGAGCCGUGCCGCAGCUGCCCCUCCCCUGCUGUGGCCACGAUGCCGUCCAACGGGCCCGUCGAUGCCGGCAGCCCUGCUGCAGACCGAGAGGCCGCCGACGCUGCUCCUCACAAGCAGAGUGAAGAGGACCUUGAUGACAAUCGGAGCAAGGAGGAGAAGCCGGAUCCGGGGAUCCCCGUGAGGAAAGCUGGGCGGCCUGGCAGGAAACGCAAGCAGCCAGUGGUGGAGAGCAGCGACGCCCCCAAAGACACCGCCUCCGCGCCAAAGUGCCCCCCGCCUGCGCACAACGCCAGCCCCAUGGAGCAGGUGCCCAACGGAGAGGCGGACAUGGGCAGCCCCGAGAACAGCAGCACCGCCGGCCUGAAGGGCCGCCAGCGAGGCGAGAACGAGGCCAGCAGCCUCCCAGAUGGGGAGAUGGCGCGGGCCCUGGAGAACGGGCGCUGCACUCCCAAGGACAGCCCUGAGCCCCCUGCCGGCGAAGGCAAAGACGAGAAGGAGGAGAACCACUACGACGGCCUGAACAUGGAGGGAUCCCGAGGCCGUCUGCGCGGAGGCCGGGGCUGUGAGUCGAGCCUUCGCCCCCGGCCCAUGCCACGCCUGACCUUCCAGGCUGGGGACCCCUACUACAUCAGCAAGCGGAAGCGGGACGAGUGGCUGGCCCGGUGGAAGAGGGAGACCGAUAACCCAGCGGCAGCUCAGCUUGACAAGGCUGAGAAGAAAGCCAAGGUCAUUGCUGGGAUGAACGCGGUGGAGGAGACGCCACGGAGCGAGCCCCAGAAGGAGGAAGAGGCCAGCCCACCACCGUCACAGCAGCCGACCGACCCUGCCUCUCCCAAUGUGGCCACCACGCCAGAGCCCGUGGGACCUGAUGCCGUGGACAAGGGCAUGUCCAAGUCAGCUGACGACGAGCCAGAAUAUGAGGACGGCCGGGGCUUUGGCAUUGGGGAGCUCGUCUGGGGGAAGCUGCGUGGAUUCUCCUGGUGGCCGGGCCGCAUCGUCUCCUGGUGGAUGACGGGCAGGAGCCGGGCCGCGGAGGGCACCCGCUGGGUCAUGUGGUUUGGCGACGGGAAGUUCUCCGUGGUCUGUGUGGAGAAGCUGCUUCCCCUCAGCUCCUUCUCCAGCGCCUUCCACCAGGCCACGUACAACAAGCAGCCCAUGUACCGGAAAGCCAUCUACGAGGUGCUGCAGGUGGCCAGCAGCAGAUCAGGCAAGAUCAUUGUCUCCUGCCCCGAGAACGACGAAAGCGACACGUCCAAAGUGGUGGAGAUGCAGAACAAGCAGAUGAUUGAGUGGGCCCUGGGGGGCUUCCAGCCUUCUGGCCCCAAGGGGCUGGAGCCCCCGGAAGAGGAACGCAACCCCUACAAAGAAGUUUACACGGAGAUGUGGGUGGAGCCCGAGGCAGCGGCCUACGCCCCCCCGCCGCCAGCCAAAAAGCCCAGGAAAAGCACCGCAGAGAAGCCCAAGGUCAAGGAGAUCAUCGACGAGCGCACGAGAGAGCGUCUUGUUUAUGAGGUUCGGCAGAAGUGCAGGAACAUCGAAGAUAUCUGCAUCUCCUGCGGGAGCCUCAACGUCACCCUGGAACACCCGCUCUUCAUCGGAGGCAUGUGCCAAAACUGCAAGAACUGCUUCCUGGAAUGUGCCUACCAGUACGACGACGACGGCUACCAGUCCUACUGUACCAUCUGCUGCGGUGGCCGGGAGGUGCUCAUGUGUGGCAACAACAACUGUUGCAGGUGCUUCUGCGUGGAGUGCGUGGACUUGCUGGUGGGCCCCGGUGCGGCUCAGGCGGCCAUCAAGGAGGAUCCCUGGAACUGCUACAUGUGCGGCCACAAGGGCGUCUACGGCCUGCUCCGGCGGCGGGAAGACUGGCCCUCGCGCCUCCAGAUGUUCUUCGCCAACAACCACGACCAGGAGUUUGACCCCCCGAAGGUGUACCCUCCAGUUCCUGCUGAGAAGAGGAAGCCCAUCCGAGUGCUCUCGCUUUUUGACGGCAUUGCCACAGGUCUGCUGGUGCUGAAGGACUUGGGCAUCCAGGUGGAUCGUUACAUCGCCUCGGAGGUGUGCGAAGAUUCCAUCACCGUGGGGAUGGUCCGGCAUCAGGGCAAGAUCAUGUAUGUUGGGGACGUCCGCAACGUCACCCAGAAACACAUCCAGGAGUGGGGGCCCUUUGACCUGGUGAUUGGCGGAAGCCCCUGCAACGACCUCUCCAUCGUCAACCCUGCCAGGAAGGGCCUUUAUGAGGGCACGGGGCGCCUCUUCUUUGAGUUCUACCGUCUCCUGCACGAGGCCCGGCCCAAGGAGGGAGACGAGCGGCCCUUCUUCUGGCUUUUUGAAAACGUGGUGGCCAUGGGCGUCAGUGACAAAAGAGACAUCUCUCGCUUCCUAGAGUCCAACCCAGUGAUGAUCGAUGCCAAAGAAGUCUCCGCAGCGCACAGAGCCCGGUAUUUCUGGGGCAACCUUCCCGGAAUGAACAGGUUGGUCAGAAGCCUGGUCCAGCCACACAGACACCGGUGGCCAACAGAUAAGCCACUGGCGUCAACUGUGAACGAUAAGUUGGAACUGCAGGAAUGUCUGGAGCAUGGCAGGAUAGCCAAGUUCAGCAAGGUCCGCACCAUCACCACUCGCUCCAACUCCAUCAAGCAAGGCAAAGACCAACACUUCCCCGUCUUCAUGAAUGAGAAAGAAGACAUCCUCUGGUGCACCGAGAUGGAGAGGGUCUUUGGCUUCCCCGUCCACUACACGGACGUGUCCAACAUGAGCCGCCUGGCGAGGCAGAGACUGCUGGGCCGCUCCUGGAGUGUGCCGGUGAUCCGCCACCUCUUCGCCCCCCUGAAGGAGUACUUUGCCUGCGUUUAAAGAGACGCCGCACCCACGGAACUGGCGAAGCGGAGGAGGAGUCUCAAACACAACCACCCCCAGGAACAGAAGCGAAGUGGCACCAGAGCGGAGGAGGUGGCUGGUGGGCGAGAGGGAGGGAGAGGGCCGCCCGCCACGGGUGCCGGCUCCCGUCGCCCAGGUCUCCCCCCGUCCUCCCCCCAGAUUGAACCGCCCUAAUCCAGCCGACCGGUCCCACUUUCUGUUGGUAACCCUUUCAUUUCCGGCUCUUUCUGGAUGGGUUUACCUGUUAGUUUGGUUUCUGCCUCUCCCCCGCGACGCGGGCGCGUCCGCUGGCACCACCGCAGCAGAGGGCGUUCCAGCUGAGCCCAAAGCGGAGCGGGUCUUGGGGCGCCGACGCCCCUGCUCAGUUAGGAGCACAAAGCAACCGAGGGCGGGGGGGGCGGGGCGCAGGCUCCUUGCCUCGUCAGCCAGCGCCAUUCCUGGGCCGCGCGCAAGCUGGGAAGCCCCCCGGCCCUGCCUGGUCCCCUCAAAGCCACACACUUUUCUAUAGUAUUCGGGUGCCUACCACACGGGAGACCUUGACCAGCCCAGCUCCUACAGCCGCUCUUACCUCUUGUUUACAGUUUAUAUAUAUAUGUGAGCGUUACGCCAGAGAAAUGUCUCUAUAUAAAAGGUACUGUUACUACUGUACAA